AAUUAAGCACAUUGCGCAGCCGCCGUUGGAGAGUCAAAUGUGAAGCUCGCGUUCCUGAUCUCAAAACGCAUUCCCAAUACGACGCCCACUGUAUCUCCCAAAUACACAGACGGAUCAAUGAAUUGAAAAGCGUGUAACUUCAGAUCUUCAUAUUCAUCUUCAUCUUCUGUUCUUCAGAAAUUGGCGUGAGCAUCGAUUUCUAGGGUUUCCAUCGAUCUCCGAAGCCGCAGCAAUGGCGAAAGGGGGAAGGCACUCGCGUCUCCCUUCCAGGAAAUCUUCAUCAUCUACGCUCGUCCUCACUUUGCUCCUCAUGUUCUCCUUCAUCGUUCUCAUCCUUCUUGCUCUCGGAAUUCUCUCGAUGCCGAGCAGUUCCGGCAAUUCUUCCAAGGCAAAUGAUCUCAGCUCGAUCGUCCGCAAGACCGCCGAGACCGAGAUGAGUGAUGGUCAUGAUGAUGAGAGGAGAGAGCAAUGGACUGAAGUGAUCUCGUGGGAGCCGAGAGCCUUCGUUUAUCAUAAUUUCUUAUCCAAGGAUGAAUGUGAAUACCUAAUCAAUCUUGCUAAGCCGCACAUGCACAAGUCGACAGUUGUUGACAGCGCAACAGGCAAGAGUAAAGAUAGCAGAGUGCGUACAAGCUCUGGGACAUUUUUAACUAGGGGACGGGACAAUAUCAUCAGACGUAUUGAGAAAAGGAUUGCGGACUUCGCCUUCAUACCUGUAGAGAAUGGGGAAGGACUUCAAAUUCUCCACUAUGAAGUGGGUCAAAAAUAUGAGCCUCACUAUGACUACUUCCUUGAUGAGUUUAAUACUAAGAAUGGAGGUCAACGUAUAGCUACAGUUCUUAUGUACCUAUCAGAUGUUGAAGAAGGUGGUGAGACUGUUUUUCCAGCUGCAAAAGGGAAUUUCAGUUCUGUGCCUUGGUGGAAUGAGUUAUCAGAAUGUGGAAAAGGAGGGCUUUCUGUCAAACCAAAGAUGGGUGAUGCAUUGCUCUUUUGGAGCAUGAAGCCUGAUGCAACUCUAGAUCCUUCAAGUUUGCAUGGUGGUUGUCCAGUGAUUAGAGGAAACAAAUGGUCAUCUACAAAAUGGAUGCGCAUCAACGAUUACAAAUAAACUACUGGUUGAGGGGUUUAAGGCAGAGGUUUAUCACGAGGGUUAUUGUUGUACUAUUGUAACACAUUACCAAAGCACCAACAUGAAUCAAAGUUGUAAGUUUACAGACGCAGAGCUUCGGGUGCCUCUGUGCCUUCCAUUUUUUUUCCGAAGUGGUGUUGCUGCUAACUUGUUUUUUGUGUUUACAAUCUUCGGCUGUUUCUUGUUACCUAAAAGAGUGAUGAAAUAAAGAAUGUGCAUUUUCAA